CUCUUAAAAAGUUAAAUUAUCAUCAUGCUCAGCAAGUCUUCCCGUUUCAGCUUACUUUUAUUUUCUACAAUUGUCUUGCUAUCCGUGACGGUUACAAAUGUAGAUGGACAGCCCUUGGAUUGUGUCAAUAAAAACGGUGCCAGAGGUUCAGGUUCUGUCGGAGACGAAUACUGUUCUUAUUAUAAACGUGAACCCGAAACUACUGAAGAUAAUGAUCUAGUAAAAGAGCCUGAUCAUAAUAUCCAAGAUACUGUAUCGAAAAUUUUAAACGGAGAUUUCAAACCUCAAUAAGUCAGACCAGAAUAUGCAUCUAGAUAGGGGGAAGUAGGAAAUGGAAUAAGAAUCGAUAAUAAAGAAUGAAUUGCAUAC